AUGACCAACAAUAGCUCGUCGUCAUCAAUUCGACUCAAACCUUUCGGUCAACUAGAAUCAUUGUCUGCAUCCGUCCCAUGGGCGAUUUUUCCCCGCAAGAAACUGGACGUGACAUAUCGAGACAUUGGAGCGGGGUUAGCCGCUUGUCUGCAGCUGAGGGAGCGUCAGCGCUCGGAAUACGAGCAGAAGAUUACAAAGUUGUGGAACUCUAGUGGUCAAACCAUUGUCACGCUCUCGAUCCGAACGGCAUUUGAUCUGCUUUUGCAGACACUUAAGCUUCCAGUCGGUAGUGAAGUACUAUGCAGUGCUAUCACUAUUCCCGACAUGAUGUACGUGCUGCGAUAUCAUGCUCUAGUACCUGUGCCUGUGGAUGUGGACCCAAAGACUUUGGCAGUAAAUGUGAAAUUGCUCAAGGAGGCGGUAACAGAUAAAACGAAAAUGAUCGUGAUUGCUCAUAUUUUUGGCUCCCGUUGUCCGUUGGAUGAAGAACUUGAAGUCGCGCGCAAUCACAAUCUGUUGGUUGUGGAAGAUUGUGCACAGGCGUUCAUGGGAAUGCAGUACACCGGUGAGAAUCGAGCUGACGUGUCUAUGUUCAGUUUUGGCACGAUUAAGACGGCAACGUCAUUUGGAGGUGCCGUCAUCCAUGUGAAGAAUCCUGUUGUGCUGGAAGAGAUGCGUCGUCGUGAAAGAAGAUAUCCAUGCCACACAAAUGUGUCUUUCUUCAAGAAAUUGAUGAAAUACGGUGUGCUACAUGGCAUUUCAACCCCUGCUUUAUACGGACUAUUCAUCCAUGCUUGCCGCGCAGUUGGAGCGGAUCACGAUAAAGUCAUCACGUCGGCAAUUCGAGGCUUCAGUGGCGGAGAAUUGGUAUCUCUUAUCCAGUACCGACCAUCGAUGGCUUUGCUCGGGCUAAUGCAUCAUCGUUUGACCUGCAUUGACGAACAGUACAUUCGCCUGAGAAAAUCGAAAAGCGAGCAAUUGGCUACCGCUAUUAAGGAUCUUCCGAACGUCUUCAUUCCGGGUCACCAUGCUGAGAAGCACUACUAUUGGUUGCUCCCUGUUUGUGUUCCGUCCCCGAAAGAAGUUGUCUGCUACAUGAACAAGCAUGGUUUUGACGUCACUUCCGGUGCUACGCAGCUGGCUUACGUGCCAAGCUCUCUUGGACGUGACCACGAUCCUGUACACGCUAAGAAUAUUAUGGCGAGUUUGGUGUACCUGCCAGUCACGCCUGAAACUCCGGAAUGGGCAAUCGAGAGGAUGACGUGCUGUCUUCGUGACGCUCUUCGAUCGUCGAGCAGACUCUAG